AUGCACUUUCGUAACAAAAUUUUUGUAAAUUGUAUCACAAUUAUAGUCAUAUUUGAUAGUUUUUUCUCAGAAACUCAAGCUCGUAUUUAUAAAAAAUGUAUAUUGGCCCGUAAACUUUAUCGCCUGGGCAUGCCCUUCCACGAACUAGACGAUUGGAUGUGCCUGGUCGAAGGCGAGAGCUCUUUCAACACUAAAGCUAUAAAUCCAUCGAACGUGGAUGGUUCGGUCGAUUGGGGACUUUUUCAAAUCAACGAUCGUUACUGGUGCAAACCGUCUGAUGGGCGGCCAUCUAUUGAUUCGUGUCGUCUUCCUUGUAGGCUGUUGUUGAGCAACGAUAUCCGAUUCUCGGUAGCAUGUGCAAAGUAUAUCCGUCGCAUACAAGGCUUCAGCGCAUGGGUUGCUUGGAAUAAUCGAUGUCAAGGUCAUAAACCAAGUGUAAAAUAUUGUUUCGUGCACAGUGGACCGUAUUAA